GAUUCAAAGUCCCAUUGACAAUGUCGAACCAGUUCGUAACAGUUCAAAUCGCCGGUGUUCGAUCAAUGAGUCGUUUGAUAUGACUUCCAGUGUUAACGAGGAAUUUCAUAGUUUUUCUUAUAAAUGCAGUAGUAGAUCAACAUAGAAUAUGUUACUUUUACUUAAGAAUAAUCGUACUUUGUCGUUGGUACGAUCUACGAAUGCUGUUAAUUCGCGAAUUCCGAAAGCGUGAAUGAAACUCUGAAAACAUAACCUAAACAGGUUAUUUAUGCCUACUACUUCUGCUUGUACAUUCGUUUUUAUAUUUAUUAAGAAACUUUCUACUUUUUCAAAAUGUUGGAAGGACUCGUAGCCUGGGUGUUAAAUAAUUACCUUGGAAAGUAUGUCGAAAAUUUGAAUACAGAUCAAUUAAGCAUUGCUUUAUUGUCAGGAAAAGUAGAAUUAGAAAAUCUACCAUUAAAAAAGGAAGCAUUACGUCAUAUUGGGUUACCCAUAGAAAUAAAAGCAGGUUUCAUUGGUAAGGUCAGAUUGGAAGUACCUGUUCGUCAAAUAAGGACAGCAUCUUGGGUUAUAGUGAUAGAACAACUUUAUUUAGUGGCAGGACCAAUAAGUUUGAGCGAGUUUGAUAGCGAAACAGAGGAACAGGCACUUCUACAGUAUAAAUUGAGCAGAUUAGAUUCUUUAGAGGCAAGAUGGAGAGCAGACACAGAAUGUGAUCCUGGUUACUAUGCUACCAGUUAUAGUUCUUGGGUAAAUUAUGGUACAUCCUUAGUAACAAAUAUCAUUGAAAAUUUACAACUGAAUAUCAAAGAUGUCCAUAUAAGAUACGAAGAUGGUGUAACAUUAUCAGAUGGCAGUGGUAUUGCACUUGGUAUAACUAUAGGAGCCAUAACUGCUCAAAGUUGCGAUGCCAGUUGGAUACCAGGUUCCACUUCGUGGAAUUUUACAGAUGCUUCCUUUAAACUUAUGGAACUUGAUAGACUUUCUGUUUACUGGAAUCAUUUGAAACCGGAUGAGUUUUUUGGUUCUCUCAAUCUCGGUGAUUUAGCUAUUGCUAUGAGCGAGCUAAAAAACAUAAUGAAAAAUCACAUUUUAUCGCCCGUUAGCGCAAGAGCGCAUGUUAAAAGAGACAGGUCCGAACGACCAUUGAGAUCUACAAAUAAACCAAGAAUUAUUGUAGAUCUUUUGUUGGAUGAUGUCCCACUAUGUCUUACAGAUGUGCAAUAUGAACAAAUAAUCAAGUGUAUAAAGAGCCUGAAAGAUAUAGAUCGUCAUAAGCAACAGAGACUUUGUCGUCCAACAGUUAGUGUGUCUGCAGCACCUAAGGAAUGGUGGAAAUAUGCAGCACGUUGUCAUAUUGGUAGGGAGGCUUUCAAGCCCAAAUUAUGUUGGGAAGAUAUACUCAAAAGAGGCAAAGAAAAUGUCUUGUAUGUCGAAACUUACACUAAAUUGUUAGGAACAACAACUGGUAUUUUACCUCCAGACAUUAAACAAUUAAAGGACAAAAUAGAACAGGAAAGAAGUUUUGAUGUACUUAAGGACUUGAGGGAAAUAUCAAUGCAAAAAGUUAGGCCACCAAAACCUGUUCAAAAUUCAAAUGUUAACAUACCGCAACCACGUGGAAUGCUCGAACAAUGGUUUCCACAAUGGUGGGGAUGGUAUUCCAAGGCACCAAACACAAAUACUCAGGGUACAUCUUCCACUUUUGACGGAGAACUUCUGGACGUUUUGGCAGAUACUAUAGACGAUGAUACGUUAUUGCGUCGCGAUACUGUAUUCGGACAGUUUAAUUUUACGUUAUCGAAGGGUGCUGUUUCUCUUUGCACAACGAAAAGUGAUAAUGAAUAUGCGAAAACUGUAAUUGAGCUACAAUUUGAACGAGUAAAUUUAAUUUACGAUUCAAGGCCCAGGUCUGGAUCUCAUAAAUUUUUUAUUAGUUUGGGAGCAUUGUAUUUGCAUGACUAUCUUACAGAAAAUUCUACUUUUCCAAUUUUGAUACAACCUCAAGUAGUAUCUUUUGCAACAUCGCGGGCACGCAGCUCCACAGAAAAAUUAAUAAGUCAACUGCCGCAACAUUUAUUUGAGAUGACUUAUGAGAAACGACCGUUACACUUGAGCGCCGAUCACUCCUUACAUGUCAACUCCAGGUCGCUGGAUAUAGUGUAUAAUCCCACUGUAAUAUACUGGCUCAUAGAUUUUAUGUGUAAGCCGCAUAGGUCAUCGUCCAAUCAAAGACUCCAAGCAAUGAAGCGUAGAACACGAAGGCAACUUAUAAAAAAUUGGGAACAGAUUUUGGAAGGAGACUUCGUGUAUCGUUCUUCUUGGGACUUGCAGUUCAAUAUAUCAGCACCACAAAUUUUAUUGGUAGAAAAUUUUACGGACUCCAAUGCUGCAGUCGUGGUUGUUGAUUUCGGCAAACUUCAUUUAUCGAAUUAUGUACAAAAUAACGAAGUGAUCAUGAAGCCAGGUUCAGGGACAAAUAGCGACGACGAAGACGAGAGAUUUGAAACACCUUGCUCAACGCCACCCGGCAGCCAAGAAAAUGGUUCUGUUCAAGAUUUUCAGACUAUAUCUGAAACCGCGUUACACCAAAAAUUGUAUGAUCAUUACACCAUCGAUUUGGUCGAUUUACAGAUUUUAGUAGGAAAAGUAAAAGAUAAUUGGAAACAUGUACGAACCAGAGGGAUGUCCAGUUUACAUGUCUUGGAACGUUUUAACAUAUCAUUACAAAUUGAACGACGUGUUUUCUCCACGUCAGAUCCAAACUUUCCAUCCGUAACAGUGUCGGGAAAUCUGCCAAGAUUAGUGGUGCACGUUAACGAGCAAAAGGUAGAGGCAAUUAGAUUGAUGUACACUCUACUUUCAAGUUUCUCCAAGUCUACCGGAAUCCCACAAACGAAUGUGGUCAAUGUGGAACCUGAAAGCCCAAAGAAAGAAGAAAAUGGAGACAAGUGUAUAAGUCACGCUGUGAUGGUCCAAUUUAUUAUUGACCAAAUGACCUUUGAGCUGCAAUCCAGAGGCCGCAGUGUGGCAGAACUACAAGUAUCUGGAGUCAGAGCUGCUUUCUGCAGAAGAACAGUAGACGUUAAUGUUUCCUUGUCGGUGCACGGAUUACUUCUAGUCGAUGCUCUUCAAGAAUUUGGUCCCGACUUUGAAUUACUAGUAGCCAGUCACAAACAUGUGGGGAUGGACAGCAUUUCUGGAAGUUUAAGAGACUCGGAACCGACGUCACCUGUUUCACCAGUGUCUCCUGGAUCUCCAGAUCCCACCCUACCAAGGAGGUUAACUUCUCCGGUUGCUCUGACCAAUGCUUUAUCCACUUUGGCAAGUAAAACAAAGAAUCCUCAGUCCCCGAGGAAUAAUUCAUUGAUCGAAUUGGACAAGAUGGACUCGGAGGCCUUAAUUGUCGUUGAGCUAACAUUGGUGUACGACAGUUUGGAAAAUUUGAGAGUUGCCAACAUACAAUUCAACAACUUGGAUAUUAUCGCCAAUCAAGAAACGAUAGUAGAAUUGAUGGGCUUUUUUAGGAGGAUAUUUCCAUCUCGAAAGAUGAGGCCAAACAUAGAAAGACAAGAAUCGUUUUCGAAUCAAACUGUGGAACCAAAAAUCUCAAACAGGACAGAAAUAACAUUUGAAUUCCAUAGAUUGAACGUUUUACUUCUGCGGGCAGUAAUGCACGAUAAUCAUUUGGUAGGGCAGAAAAUCGCCACUGCUACAAUGUGCGAUGCUCGUAUACAAGCGACUUUGGCGGUAAAUACUUCAAUCUCUGGAUCACUCGGAGGUUUACAAGUGUUGGAUCAAACAUUGACUGGCAAAACGCAUCAGCGGAUUGUCAGUGUUGGGAGGGAUCCUAUCGCAGAUCCACCUCAACAGUCACUGGAACACUUUACUGGUUUGACCGAUCAGCCAGAGGCAUUUCGAUUCUCAGCGUAUCGUUGUAUCAAACCGUGUACACAGCAGCAGGAUGGAAUGGAGACCUUGAUAGAUUUAAACAUACGUAUAGGCAGUGUAUGGUACACUCACGCUCCUCAUCUGCUCUCUGAAUUACGUUCGUGUGCUGAUGAAUUUAAACAGUAUUUGAAAAACCUUGCUCGCCAGAUCAGUGCAGCAGCCACGGAUAUGGCUAUUGGUUUAGUUAAUGCGGAAGAUUGGUCAAUACCACCGCGCAGACGUUUGCCAAGUCUGUCUGUAGAUUUGGAGAAUUCAGGGGCCUUAUUUUUCAAACUAGACAUACUUCUUGACAGCCCUGUAUUGGUGAUACCUCGAUCAUCCCAUAGUCGUCAAGUUGUUGUUGCUCAUCUCGGUACUAUGUCUUUGCAACAUGAGCCUCAUCACGGAUCUAUGGCGAAGCACAAGUUGACUUUGGAAGUCAGAGACAUGAAUCUGUACUCUCUUGAAAUAUCUUCUAAUCUUAGUCAGGGCCACAUCAAUUUACCUUUGAGAGCAGAAGAGAUGUAUUCUUGCAAAGAGUCUGGAAAACCAAUCUUACAUGAUACCGUCUUAAAAAUUGUAGUCGAGAAAGAAAACGCGUUAGCACAAAGUCCCAGCUAUUUCCUUGAUGAUUUCUCGGGUAACCCGAUCGUUCAAGUUCAUGGAGUCGUGAUGACGCCUCUGAAAGUAUCUUUGUCUCGAGGACAGUAUGAACAGUUGUUGGAUACAGUGAAUAGAUUGUUCUCAAUGCCAGUAUCGGUCCCAGUUCAAAAUUCACAGAUAAUGAACAAGGUACCAAACUACUCCGAGAAGCUCGACCUGCCUGUUAAGGUUCUAUUCGAAUUGCCCACUUUGAGCGUGGAAUUAAAACAGGGCAUCCUAGAGCAGCCAUUGGUUGAACUGUCUAUGAGAGAUUUUAUUGCAAAGUAUGAGAAAUUACAAAGAAACGAAUCUACCAUUCAGGUUGCUCUGCGUUCUCUACUUAUGGAAGACUUGUUGUGCCCCAUUGGUUCACGACACCGAUGUAUGAUGCAGUCCUCAGCACCGAUUCGUGCAAAGCUUCCUGCUGGUGUUUCCAAAUCCUGUCCAGACUUUGCGUUUAUACAACAGUUCAGAAGCGAGUUUGGACGGGGAAGUUUGCCCGACAGAUUGGAGACUGACACACUGUACGGUACAAUUCCUGCUCAUUGGCGCAGGAAACCAGUGUCACUGGCGGGCACACCGAAUACUCCACCCCCAUCGCCUGGUGCAUCUACGAACGAAGAAAAUUUGGUACUAAUGAGCAUCACAAUAACCGAACCAGAUCCUGGUCAACAAACAAAGGAUCAGUUUCAUCAGAAAAGUGUAACCGUAGACUUCAAUUGUUUGGAUUUGGUGAUAAGUGUAGAGUCUUGGAUGGUGGUUUUCGAUUUUUUUGGAUUUGCAGGACCUUCGGGAACUAAUGCUAAAGUUACCAUGCAUCAAACCUCUAUUGAUGUGGAUCAGGUAGACAAGGCGGAUAAUCUGCCUUUGCGCUCAGAAACUGAAAUAGAAGUUAGGUCGUUAACAUUGGUGUUAAUACAGUCUGAGAGAGAAAUAGCGAAAGCCAAUGUGUCUAAUGCUAAUAUGCACAUUUUAAAAGCAGAUGGAAAGACAAAAGUAUCAGGAUCCUUGGGAUCUAUGUCUUUAUUGGACCUGACGCCACAUGGCAGAUUUUACAGAGAGAGGUUUUUAUCCUCGGGAAGGAAGGCGCUAAAUUUUCAGUAUUCUAGUUACGUAGACGCCGAGAAACGACCUUACGAUGCUCAAUUGAAAUUAGAAAUGUCUGCGGUCCAUUACGUACAUACUCAGAGAUUUGUAGCAGAACUUCAGGCAUUUUUUGGUCAUUUCUCUCAGCUUUGGACUAUAAUGGCGAAUUUAAGAGCUGGCGUGGGGGCUAUUAUAGAUACCAAUAAACGAAGCAUAAGAUUAUCAUUGAAACUUCACGCAGGUGCACCUGUGAUUUUACUGCCAGUCAGUUCCAGAUCCGACGAAUUAAUAUUAUUGGAUCUGGGAGAACUCACUGCUCACAAUCAGUUUGCAAUUUCUGAAGUAAUGGAGAAGUGUAUGCUGGAUAUAAUGUUUCUUGAAUUGGUUAAUAUGGACGUUUAUGCAGCCAAGAGAGUAAAGUGCGACGACCAGAACGAAAAUAUAGACAGCCUGGUUGUCGGUGGUUUUGUUAUCAAGAAACUUGGAUCGUCUUUGCUCACGGAGAUGUGUCACUUAAAAUUACGUAUUGAGAGAAACUUGGACACCUACAUUAGUAGAGAAAUUCCUGAUUUAAGCAUACACGGUAUAUUAUCAACGAUGGAUUGCGCUUUGGAUCCUGCUCAGUACAUGUUGAUUCGGGGUCUUCUCUCUUACAAUAUUGGAGAAAAUUUGGAUGACCUGCGACAGUUCAUGCAAGACUUGGACCAAACGGUUGAGUAUUCUAUAGUCAGCGUAAAUAAUGGAGAAAAGAUAUGGAAGAAAUCGUGCAUAACCCUUGAGUUAGUGAACGUCACUGUUAAGUUACAUCCAAAUUAUAAUAUCGCGGCUCUGGCGUGUAUUAAUUUCAUAAAAUCUAGACUGACUCUGGAUUCAUUGAGUGACGGGUCUCAAGAUAUAGACCUAGUGUCUCAAGAGAUAUUGAUCACGGAUAUGCGAUUCCAAGAUGAGCCCGCUAGCAGUCAGUCCAACGUUUUCACAAGUAUUUUGCAGCCUUUAAGAAAUUCUAACAACGAGAAUCGCGUACAGGCGGAAGUACAUCACAGGAGACGGAAGGCGAAUGCAGCAACAACUAUUCUUGUGCAUAGUAUGCGUUUGACUGCUAUACUGGACUGGUGGGAAGCCGUAAAAGAUUUUUUGAUGUUGAAUUCCCCAGAACCGGAACCUAUUUUUGGAAUGGCACAAGUGGCCACAGAGAGCAAUCAGGAAAAUGAAAGCAAUGCUUUUGCUAUGAUACCGUUUGAACUAAAGAUCAACAUCACUGAUUCAGAAUUGGUAAUUGUAGAAGACACAUCAGUCUGUGAUACCAAUGCUGUGAUUCUAAAGAGUACAGCUGUCCUUUCAUACAGGUCUGCCCCUCAAGAAGGAGAGAAACCUCUUUCCUGCAACUUAUCCCACUGCGAGUUGUUCUCCUGCAUUCUAGGACUAGAAGAAGAGACUGCUCUCUCUAUAAUCGAUCCUGUAGGGGCUAGUUUAGAUCUGACGCAGGACAAGUGUCUCGAAGUACAAUUUCAGCCAUUGUGUGUGAGACUGAGCUACCACGAUGUAACAAUGUUCUCCAGGAUGCUUAGUUCACUUCCGAAACAGACUUUAGUAGCGAAGCAACGUUCGAACGAAGCGUUGACUUCUACAGAAAGACAAGUACAAAAGUUGACAGCACUGGGGUUCAUGGACUCUGAUUGUAGAGCAGCUUUGCAGCUCUGUAAUGGUCAAUUAGAUGAAGCGGCUUUAUGGUUGACGCAAAAUGCAGUACCCAAUUCUGACGUUAAUACCAAGAACGAGUCUGUUUUCCAUACCGUUGAAUUACAAAUCUCCUGCGCCAGGAUAUGUAUUAUAGACGAUUGCAGAGAUGCCGACGUGCCACUGCUAGAAAUCACAUUAUUGGAGCUUAAUUUGAGACAGGAAUGCAUGAGACCUGGUCUUCUAUCCUCUGCUGUUAGCAUCGAUUAUUAUAAUAGAGUUCUCAGUGGGUGGGAACCUUUCAUUGAACCAUGGCGUGCUACCGUUCAAUGGGAACAGACACCGACUAACUCCCUUAGUUCAAAAAGGCUACAGAUAUCUGUCGACUCUCAGGAUUCUGUCGACGUUAACGUUACUUCAACAUUAACCGAGUUAAUAGAAUUAGUGAAGAACAAUUGGAUGCAGGAUUUUUAUUUGACGUCGGUUAAAGAUAUAAAUGUGAAUAAAUCGUCGGGUAGUGGCCAAGCGUAUCGGCGUAGACUACCUUUCAUUCCGUUUGCAUUGAAGAAUGAGACGGGCUGCAAAUUGUGGUUCAAAACUAUUAUUGCCACUGCGGAUGACAUCAAGGAAGUAGGACACAAUUUCAAGACAAAAAAUGAUUUUCAAAAGGAUGACACGUGGAUUGAAGUUACUUCAGGGAACACUGUUCCAUUCACUUUUGAAGGGAGAGGAAAAUUAAGGCAUCACGCCACGCACACUGUUCGCAGACAUCAGAUCACGGUACUCGUGGAAGGAUGGAAUCCAGUAGAUCCAGUUACAGUAGAUCGUGUUGGUAUAUAUUUCCGACACGCAAAUGGAAAUGUAACUGGUCCACCAGGAAACGAACGACUGUUUCAGAUGUUGACAACGAAGGCUAGAAUAGUAUUUGCAGUUGAAUUAGAAGGAUCAGCUAGGAAAUUAGUUACCGUUAGAUCAGCUUUACAAAUAUCCAAUAAAUUAAGACACAUGGUGGAGAUCAAAAUGGAGAAAUCUUUAAAUCAUUUUGAAUAUUUACCUCUGACUUUGUCUGUUAGUGAUAGAAUUCUGCAAGUACCUGCACAAUCUACCAUAUCGGUACCUUUGACGCAUACUGGUGUGCAAAUGUGUUUAAAACCCAUACAUUUAAACAAUUUAUUUCAAUACUGUACGGAAACUAUAGAUUGGACAGUAGUAAAGAAACCAUUAGAAGUUAUAGAGAAUCGUAUUACAUGUAGAGCUAAUCAUAAUAAUAUAUUUAGGAUGUGUGUAGCUGUGAUGCGAGAUUAUUAUCCACCGGAUACGAGUCAAAUGUUGCCAGCACACACCAUUACCGUGAUGGCUCCAAUUACAGUGAUUAAUUUAUUGCCACAUGAAUUGUUAUACGAAGUUGGUACAGAAAGUGGUCAAAUUCUACCUGGUGGUAGUGCAAAUUUGCAUACAGUAAAUAUCGAAGAGCAGCUAGAAGUCAUUAUACAACUAGAUGGUUAUUCUGGAUCAGGAACGAUGAUAUUGCCGCCAAAUACUAGUUCCUUCACCGCUCGUCUCAGGAUGACGGAUUCCGCUGGAAGGAUAUUGUUUCUGCAUGCAGCUGUUAAUAUAGAAAAAGGGUCUGCCAUACAAAUUAACAUCACCGCGCCAUAUUGGAUCAUCAACAAGACUGGUUUGCCGUUGGUGUUUCGGCAAGAGGGAGUUGGAACGGAAGCGGCCGGGCAGUUUGAGGAACACGAGAACGCAAGAAUGGUAGCGCCAUUAUUGUUCUCUUUCAGCGAUGAAGAAGCUAGCAGAACUUUAUCAAUGAGGGUUGGUACCGCAGUGCAUCCUCAUGGAAUACCACAGUGGUCUCAACACUUUUAUUUACAGUCUGGAAUACAGGUACACCGUCUUAGAAUAUCCUUACGCGAUGGUCGACCGGAUAUAGUUUAUUUGAUCAGUGUAGCUACUCGGACAGCAAGAGGAAAAUAUAGAGCUACAACUGUAGUUACACUGUCUCCUAGAUACCAGUUGCAUGAUAAAUCAAGUUUCACAUUAGAGCUAGCACAAAAAUGUUUUACCACGACAAUUAGCCAUCCCGAUGCCCAGGCAACUUAUAUUAAAAUUAUGCCAGACUGCCAUAUGCCAUUUCAUUGGCCACGUCUUGAUAAAGAUUUAUUGUUAUGUGUUCGUAUCGUGAAUGUUGAAGACUGUAUGUGGUCAGGUGGUAUAAAACUAGACGACAGUUAUUCAUUGACGAUUAACAUUAGAGAUGCAUCAGGAAGAAUGCACUUUCUUCGUGUAGACGUGGUUCUGCAAGAAAGCACGUAUUUUAUAGUGUUCACUGAUGCAGACACUAUGCCACCACCUAUAAGAGUUGAUAAUUUCUCGGAAGUUCCACUGGUGAUCAAUCAGGUCACUGUGCAUAAUAACCUACAAUGGACUGUACGACCUCAUUCGUCUGUACCAUAUGCGUUGGAUGAACCGAUACAGUCUGCAGGUUUAGUGAUAACAGCACCUGGUGGUGUGACUGCCACAUACGAUUUGAAUAUACUUGGAGAGGGUAGGGGCUUGACUUACGAAAACUUUAUUUAUAUCGCUUUCACUGGAACUUUCAAAACUGAUUGCGAUCUUGGGACAGGGGAAGGUGGUCUUGAUCCUCUGGAUGUCGAAACGCAAAGAUUAGUCUUAGAAGCUGGUCCUGGUGGAUGGGUUGCUUUACGGAGAAAGCAAUAUGGGGCAAGAUCCCAGUUGUGGAGGAUGACCGGCGAUGGGCAGCUGCAACACGAAGGUUCUAGUCCACCUAGAGAUAAACAUUCGAAAACCCCGGAGAUGGUGUUAGUUCUAGACAUUGCGGGUACAGCACCACAGCCGUUUACGUACUGUGCGCUGAAAUUAAGAAAACCUGACCCUAGAAGAAGAUCAACGCAAACUUGGCGAUUUACCGACGACGGUCGAUUAUGUUGCGUGCAUAAAAAUAUGUGCGUUCAGUCAAAAGAUGGAUUCAUGGGAUUGCACGAAGGCGGCUGUGUCGCCCGUUGGCAAAUGUGGAGCGAAGCAGUAUUAGGCCCCCAGAUUCAUAGUAGUCCCCCGCCGAUCGAACAACGCGUAGGAAGACAAAAGUUACGACCAGGAUCUGGUUUCCUGUCUGUCAGAGUAACAACUGACGGGCCAACACGAGUUUUACAAGUACUGGACAUCAAAGAAAGGAAGAAAACCUUUGCUUUAUUGGAAGAACGCGAUUGGUCACACAUUGCUGUUAGCCACCGUCCAACUCAAAUAAAUACAGACGCCGAAAACCUAAAUUCCAAAGAGUUAGAACUAAAAGUUAAUUUAAUAGCUGGUCUCGGUUUGUCAAUUGUUUCUCGAAGGCCUGUGGAGGAGCUGUUGUUUGCACGAUUGGCUGGUAUUUCGUUAGAAUUUGUACAAACCCCUGCCAAUACCACCUUAGAUCUGAGUAUCGAAGAUAUACAAAUUGACAAUCAGUUGUUCGAAGCACAGUGCACGUCUGUCUUGUACGUGACUCGAGCUACUCGCACGGAAAGUGAACCCAGACCGUCGAUACACGUGGUUGCCGAGAAGCUGAAGUCUAAAAACCAAAAUGCCGAGAUCUAUAAACACGUGAUUGUGACCAUUAAACCGCUCUGUAUACAUUUGGAAGAAAAGUUGAUCUUGAAAAUGGCUGCUUUUGUCGGGACAGGGAGGUCGGAGUUGGAGGUUCCGGUAGACGAGAAUGAUUUUAAAGCGCAAAGAUUUAUAUCCGAAGUGUCUGCGGCGCACGCCAAGCGAUACUACUUUGGCGCGUUAAAGAUCGUCCCUAGUCAGAUAAAAUUGAGCGUGCUCACCACCAUGAAACUACCGCGGCAUCUUCAAGCAAUAAAGAGACAAUUGGGUUUAACUUUAAUCAAAUUCGAAGACGCUACGAUCGAAUUGGAUCCUUUUCUCAAGAAACAUCCUUUCGAAAGUACUCAGUUUCUGAUACAUUCCAUUAUAAAACAUUACAAAGAUGAAUUGAAAUGGCAAGCCGCCGUAAUAUUAGGAUCUGUGGACUUCUUGGGCAAUCCCCUUGGCUUCGUGAACGAUGUCACCGAGGGUGUCUCUGGUUUGAUUUACGAAGGAAGCGUUAAAACGUUGGUGAAGAAUGUCACGCACGGUAUUUCGAAUUCAGCUGCUAAAGUGACAGAGUCUCUGUCGGAUGGGCUAGGACGUGUCAUAAUGGAUGAAAGACACGAGGAAGCUAGACAGAGGAUUCGAGCCAACACCGCAGGUAGCAGUGAUCACUUGGUAGCUGGUCUGAAAGGUUUUGGCUUCGGAUUGUUAGGAGGCGUUACGAGUAUUUUCAAGCAGACAUACGACGGUGCCGCGAACGAAGGAUUUCCAGGUUUCUUUGCUGGUUUUGGUAAAGGAGUUGUUGGUACGAUUACCAAACCGGUUGUAGGAGUUCUAGAUCUGGCCACGGAAACUGCCACUGCAGUACGAGAGACGAGUAGAAGUGCUCAUCGUACGAUACCAAAACGGGACAGGCCUCCUCGUGUCGCGUGCGGUCCAGCUGGUUUAUUACCUCCAUAUAAUCGCCAACAAGCAGAGGGCCAAGAAUUUCUUUAUAUCGUGAACGAUCACGACUACUCGGAACUGUUUGUAGCGUACGAAUGUUUGCGAAGCGGAACGGAGAAUCUAAGGGUGUUGGUGUCAAACGAGAGGAUCCGCGUUAUUUCUGGCGGCACCAAAGGGGUCGUGACCGAAGUCAGCUUGGCGGACUUGCUAUAUUGCCAGCCGAUGCAUAAACCCGAAAGUAACAAUGUAACGUUGUAUUAUAUAGAAUUAAUAUCUAGAUCGGAUUCGGCGGUGGCUGUCAACGUAGAUGGCCCUGAACUAUUGAGGAGACCGAAAGUCCGAUGCGAUAACGAGGAUGUGGCCAAGCGAGUAUCGCAACAAAUUAACUAUGCCAAGGGGAUGCACGAGGAACGCAGUUUGACUCUUUCUUCGUCGGACAACAUGUUGGAUGACGUUCAGUACUACAAAUAAUUGCAAAUGACCGCGCACCAAUAUUUUCUACUUUGAGUUUAAUGUAACCGUAUAUAUUUCGUAUGCUAGUCAGUUCUUUGAUUUCUGUAUUUGUUUUUUUCUUUUUUUAAUAGUGCACAUAAUGAUGCCUUAUUACGCUUAAACUAAGUUGACGAUAAGACUGAUGUAAGGCACCAUCGAUACCGCAGCAUCUAUAACGAGUACGUGAAAUUUUCUCGAGCGCAACAGAAUGUAUCAGUUUCACAAUACAUUUAACGAAAAGACGUGAGAAUAUUUGGUUCUUGUACAGCUAGUGCACGUAUAAUUUUGAUACUGGUAUUGAGAUCAAGGAAAAAAUCUAAACGGCGUGAGAUUUUUUAAUAGUGUAUAUAUAUGUAUACGUACAACGUGUAAAAUAUAGGCGGGUAAGAUAUUUAUUUGCAGGAACGUAAUCUACUUAAAUCGAUGUUACAUAAAAAAAAAAAAGAAAAAAUGACAAAAACCAAAGUUUUUGCAUAGAGUAGGAAUGAUAUUCAUUUUUUUUAUUAACGAAGUUUAAUAUUUUACAAAACUAUUUCGAUUUCGACAAACUGUAUUUGUUAUGGUAUAUCAAACAUAGCGUUGCGUGAAAGAUAAUGCCACUAACGAUUAUGUUAACUGUACAUUCUUCUAACAAUUGCGUGUGUAAAGGUAUUAAUUUAAAACUAGUACGGAUACUGUAAGACCAGGAAUAUCAGCUUAAAUACUUUUUACAAAGCUGGUAUUUUGUACAGUUUAAAUACAGUAUAUAUCUUUAUAUUACAGUAUAAAUUUAUGCUAUUCGAUGAUUAACGCUGUGUAUAUAAACUAAUAAGUAUCAAACGUGUUGAUGAUAUGUAUAAUAAUCUGUAUACAAUUGUCUAGAUUUGUUACAUCCUGAAAUUUCCACGCAGUCGAUAUAA